ACUUCCGCCGUCUACAAUGUGGCUGAUACAGGUGAUAGUUGCGUGUUGUGCGGUAGGUGCUGCUCUAGGGGUGUCUGGUGCCACACCUGACGCCUUAGCUGAGCCGGAACCCGAACCCAGCAUCGGGUAUUCCUACGAGUCUCCACCCCAGCCUUUCGGGCUUCCAGGCGAAGACCCAGGCCAAGGCCCACUAGAUUACACGGAGCCACAGUCGGGCUAUCUCCCUCCCAGGGGCUACGUCCCUGAUAGCACUGACUCAGAUAUUGGGUACGGUUUACCUGAUCUUGACCCUGCCUAUGGGCUACCAACAUCUGAGCCUCCCUAUGGUCCACAUACACCUCAACCUUAUGGUCCACCAGCAUCAGGACCAUCCUAUGAUCCACCUGCGGCAAGACCUUCCUAUGGCCCCUCUACACCAGAGCCUUCCUAUGGUCCACCAACAGCUAGACCUUCCUAUGGUCCACCAACAUCAGGACCUUCCUAUGGUCCAUCAACAUCAGGACCUUCCUAUGGUCCACCAACAUCAGGACCUUCCUAUGGUCCAUCUACAGCUAGACCUUCCUAUGGUCCAUCAACAGCUAGACCUUCCUAUCGUCCACCAACAUCAGGACCUUCCUAUGGUCCACCAACAUCAGGACCUUCCUAUGGUCCACCAACAUCAGGACCUUCCUAUGGUCCACCAACAUCAGGACCUUCCUAUGGUCCACCAACAUCAGGACCUUCCUAUGGUCCAUCUACACCUAGACCUUCCUAUGGCCCAUCUACACCUAGACCUUCCUAUGGUCCACCAACAUCAGGACCUUCCUAUGGUCCAUCUACACCUAGACCUUCCUAUGGUCCACCAACAUCACGACCUUCCUAUGGUCCACCAACAUCAGGACCUUCCUAUGGUCCACCAACAUCACGACCUUCCUAUGGUCCACCAACAUCAGGACCUUCCUAUGGUCCACCAACAUCAGGACCUUCCUAUGGUCCACCAACAUCAGGACCUUCCUAUGGUCCACCAACAUCAGGACCUUCCUAUGGCCCAUCUACACCUAGACCUUCCUAUGGUCCAUCUACACCUAGACCUUCCUAUGGCCCAUCUACACCUAGACCUUCGUAUGGUCCACCAACAUCAGGACCUUCCUAUGGUCCAUCUACACCUACACCUUCCUAUGGGCCAUCUACACCUAGACCUUCCUAUGGUCCAUCUACACCUAGACCUUCCUAUGGCCCAUCUACACCUAGACCUUCCUAUGGCCCAUCUACACCUAGACCUUCGUAUGGUCCACCAACAUCAGGACCUUCCUAUGGUCCAUCUACACCUAGACCUUCCUAUGGUCCAUCUACACCUAGACCUUCCUAUGGACCACCAACAUCAGGACCUUCCUAUGGUCCACCAACAUCAGGACCUUCCUAUGGUCCACCAACAUCAGGACCAUCCUAUGCUCCACCAACAUCAGGACCUUCCUAUGGUCCAUCUACACCUAGACCUUCCUAUGGUCCAUCUACACCUAGACCUUCCUAUGGUCCAUCUACACCUAGACCUUCCUAUGGUCCAUCUACACCUAGACCUUCCUAUGGUCCACCAACAUCAGGACCUUCCUAUGGUCCAUCUACACCUAGACCUUCCUAUGGUCCACCAACAUCAGGACCUUCCUAUGUCUCCAAAUCCUGA